UGACAAACCUUACCUUCUCUACUUCAACCUCAUGAAAUGUGUCGUGGAAGCGAACCCACUGGCAAUAGCAAUGAAAGGCUUGCAAUGCCCUACCCCGCAGUUCUUAAUCGUUGCUUGCCUUCUUUUAACACCUCUGAUGUUGGAAGCUUUACUGUGGGUACAAUGUCAGUGAAUGAAACCGUGGGAUACAUCACAAACGGCACAGAACAACUUCUAGGUUCUCUCAAUGUGAAGGAUAUCAGUGUGAAGAUAUUUGAGGAUUUUACACGGACAUGGAUAUGGAUUCUCAUAGGUCUCCUGCUUGCCAUGUUACUGAGCCUCAUUUUUCUCCUGCUGCUGAGGUACAUCGCUGGCGUCCUGGUGUGGGUUCUCAUUGUGGGAGUAAUAUCCAUCAUUGCAUACGGAAUCUAUCACUGUUACAGAGAGUAUGAUAUCCUCAAAAAGAAAGGAGCCACUGUUCAGACUAUCGGAUUUACCACUAACUUCAGCGCUUAUGGCAGUGUCAAAGAGACCUGGAUGGUAGCCUUGAUUGUCCUCUGUGUGGUGGAAGCCAUCUUGUUGCUUAGUCUCGUGUUCCUCCGCAACCGGAUCUUCAUUGCCAUCGCGCUCAUCAAGGAAGCCAGCCGAGCCAUUGGGCAUAUGAUGUCCACCCUCGUCUACCCACUGCUGACUUUCAUCUUAAUCGUGAUCUGCGUGGCCUAUUGGGGCAUGACGGCUCUAUAUCUUUCUACUUCUGGAGAGCCCCUUUUUCGGAUCACCCCAACAAAUGACUCUGCCCCAGGCUGUGAAAAAUAUCGCGGUAACCAAAGUUGCACGCCAUUGGAUUUCAAUGCCUCUGACAGUCAUCCUUGCAUAACCGAAUGCAUCUUCUACAGAUAUAAUGAUGAAGGGCUUUACCAGCGCAACCUCUUCAAUCUUCAGAUCUACAACGUUGUGGGCUUCCUUUGGUGUAUCAACUUCGUCAUUGCUCUGGGACAGUGUGUACUUGCAGGAGCCUUUGCCUCUUAUUACUGGGCCUUCAAAAAGCCUCAAGAUAUUCCAGCCUGUGCCUUGCCCAGUUCCUUCCUCCGGACAUUAAGAUACCACAUUGGGUCACUAGCUUUCGGCUCUCUUAUUCUCACCAUCGUUCAACUGAUACGCAUGGUACUGGAAUAUGUGGACCACAAGUUGAAAGAUUCCGGAAAUGCUCUUGCCAAGUUUUUUCUAUGCUGUCUGAAAUGUUGCUUCUGGUGUUUGGAGAAGUUCCUCAAAUUCCUCAACCGAAAUGCUUACAUUAUG